UUUGUUCAUCUCGUGAGCCAUAUUGUUGAUUUUUUUUCUCUAUGUAGGCCUCUAUCUGUACAUUAGCAUGAAGACUCGCUGUGCAUCGAGAGUGGCUUUGCAGUGUAGGUUGAGAGUUGACUGUGAAUUUUCUCUUUUUCACUUUCUCUUAGAGCAUCAUCAUCAGACAUGUAGACACAACAACCUCCGAUUCUGCAUCCAGUGUAAAUCCAGCUAUAGUCAACAACAAACUGAAGCGGCUCAUAUUGGGGGCAUGUGUGAGGACACAGGUGAAUCAGUCUUCCGGCUUAUUCAGACUGAGAAAGAGAGGCAUGCCGCUUUUGCGGAUAUUACGAUGUCCGAAGCUGGAGUGGCCAACGUCGGUCAUCGUCGGCACAUUGGUCUCCAGCAGUUAGAAGCCAUAGCAGCCACUGCUCAUGCCUUUCUAGGCCCCAACAAAUGCCUGAAGUUCAUCCAGGAUGAAGACAGCGGGGAUGUGGUGCUGGUCAGCUCCUGUUCACGUUUGCUUAAGCAAAUGGAGCUGGACAGCUCUGUUGGACAGCUACUUCACGAGACUGUACAGGCCCAGUGGAAGACCUUCCGCUCUGGAACAGGAACACUGGUGUUUUUGGCUGGAAUCUGGAGUAGAGUAGCACUGGAGUGUCUACACAGAGGAAUAACUGUGUCGCAUAUCAAAACAGCCAUGACCAGAGGACUGGAAGUGUGUUUGGAGGCAUGCAGGCGGUCGGCUGUAUGUUUAGAAGAAGUUUCCUACAAGCAAAAAAAGGUGGAUGAACCCAGUUCACCUCCAAAUUCUGAGGAGUCAGUAGGGGCUCAGGACACAACCACGGACAAAGACCUCAAGGUGCUGUGUAUAGAACGAAAGCUCCAUCAAAAUCUCAGAAUAACACUCAAACACAGUAGACACUUCAGUUUACAUGAUCGUCAACCUGAAAACCCAAAUUCACACACUCGUGUCUCAAAAAACUUUGACUUGGCUUGUGUAGCGCAAGCCGUUAGCCACGGAUGUAAGACCUCCAUGGAUUUAGUCUUGAACGCUUGCAAGUUGCAGUCUACAAACAGCACGGAAGGUGGUCAAAACAGGGCUAUAGAAAUCCAAAAACUGGUAACAUGCCCAGUUCCAGGCCUUUUAAUGGAGCGCUCGUGCGUUCAACAUGGGUAUGUUGUGUUGCUCUCGACCGACUGGUACGUUGUGAUCCAGCAUCUUCAGGAUCAGAUGUUAAAUAUCGCCCUGGUCAAAGGCGAUUUGAGCGAGAAAUAUCGCCAUGUGGGCUACAAUAGGCCUGCGAAUGUCAUACACACCACAGAUCAUGUUAACAUGACAGAUUUAAGUUUGGAAGAGCGUUGGAUUGAGAAUAUGUUAAAAACCCUUCGUAAACUAAGCAUACAUAUUCUGCUUGUGAAUGGUGUGGCCUCCAUAAAACUCAAAGACCUAUGUGUCAGCUACAACAUCUUGGUUAUUGAAGGUGUGAGAACCGCUGUUCUGAAGGACUUUUCCGCAACCACAGGGGCCGUCCCCAUUUCUUACGCAACACAGCUCUGCGAACGAUGCGUGGGCCGAGGAGUAAAAGUCAGUCGAUGGAGAGAAAUCAGCAGCCACCAUGGGAAAAAUGAAUCAGUCGCCAUCAGCAUUGCGACUGCAAGCACAUCUCUGGUCACUGUGGUCAUAACCAGCUCUGUAAGUUCAAAACUGCAAACUUUGGAGGAUCAGUUUUGGAGCUGCGCACAUCGGCUGCACCAGGCAGUCACAGACCGGAAGUUGCUGCCGGGAGGCGGGGCUACUGAACUUCUAUGCAUCCAUCAGCUUCAUAAAUCCAGACAGACAGGAAUGGAGGUCCCAUACGAGAAUAUUGUGCUGCAGUUGAUGGCCGAAGCCUGGAUGGACUACAUCUCCACAUUGAUGCUCAACAGCGGGAUGGUGUCUUCUAAAGCAGAGGCUUGGACGGCUAUUGCAGAUCAGCUGAGACUCUGUAAGGAACGUGAACCCAUUUGUGCUGAAAUAUUAUGGGCCCCUCUGAAACCACAGACUACCAUGGACUGUAUAGCAGUGAUGGAGGUGGAGACGGAUGUGGUCGGUGUGUAUGAUAACAUGACAGUGAAAUUUGAAGCAUGGAGGAGAGCUCUAGAUCUGGUGUUUCUAGUUCUUCAGUCUGACACUGAGAUCAUAACAGGCGUCAACGAAGGAGAAAAUGUUUACAAUGAUCUCAUGUAUCUUUGAGAUCUAGUGGACAAUACUGGGUAAAUGUAUGUAAUUUAAGGCAUAAUUAAAAACUUGGUUCACCCUAAAAUGUUUAGCUAACUUUUUCCCCCGAGAAUUCGAAUGUUAUAUAAAUACAUUUAUGCAAUUGGAUGCAUGUUCUUUAUAACACUACUUGUUUUGACAAUGAAAUCUUUUAAAUUAAAAU